CCACCACACAGCACAAAGCUCGUUUUUGCCUACACUAUCUUUCGUUUCGUAGGGGUUUCAAUCAAUUCCGCACACAAAUUUAGGGUCACGUUGUUUCCAUUUCCCCAAUUUCUUGUCGCUUUCAAAUUCGGGGUGUUCCCACAUUGAUUACAAGCACUGACCUGCAUAAUCUAUCCUCUGGACUGCGCGAUUUCGGGCGGAGAUUCGGAAAUGGAAGAGGUUAGGGCUACCUGCGCUUGGGUCGCCGCCCGCUCUCGUCACGUCGCCGUCGAUUCCUCAGGAGUCGAGGCGGUGGCUGAUAAAAUGAAGGAUUCGAUACCCAAGGUGGAGUGGAAUUUCGAGGGGAUUCAUUAUUUCGACAAUGGUCCUCUCACUGUCCAGUAUUUGUUUGUGUUGGAUGCAAUGAAUUUCUGUUUCUGGCCAGAUGAAGAAUUGAGCUAUGAUCAUUUGGCUAUGGGGUUAAAGGAAGCUCUUCUAAAAGAUAGGUCUGCUUUCGAUGCUGAUCGCCUACAAAAAUACACUGGUUAUGAUCUGCGAAAUAUGCUGAAUUGGCCGAGGCCAUUACCCUUGGAGGAGGAGCGUGUACGCCUGAUGCACGAGGUGGGAUUUGAGCUUGAGAGAAGUUUUGAUGGCAAAGCAUCCAAACUUGUAGAAUCAUCCGAAAAAUCCGCGCCUAAGCUUGUCGCUCUCAUUGCAAGUCACUUUCCAGGAUUCCGGGACCAUACAAUAUACAAAGGUCGCCAGAUCUUCUUGUAUAAACGAGCUCAAAUAUUUGCUGCUGAUUUAUGGGGUGCAUUCAAAGGCCAAGGAUACGGCGAAUUCAAGGACAUCGAAUCUUUGACAAUGUUUGCCGAUUACAUAGUCCCUGCUGUUCUUCAGCAGCUCGGAGUACUGAAAUAUAGUCCUUCCUUACAAAAUAUGAUCAAUGCUGAUUCUGAAAUGCAUUCGGGUAGUGAUGAAGAAGUUGAACUUCGAGCAUGCUCUGUACAUGCCGUGGAGGAAAUUCGCGACCUGAUCCAAAGAAAGACGGGAAAACAGGUGUUAAGUGUGGAAUUGGAUUUAUGGCUUUGGGCUUUCGGCAUUCAAUGUUCGUCGCUUAAGCAUCAUCAUACGCUCUCAAUCUAUUAUUGAGAUCAUAAAACCCAGCCAAGGUUAGAGGGGAAGAACUCUGAAAAUUUUCAGGUACCAAACUUCGUUAUGGAUGAUCAUAUAAGCUUUAUACUGAUUUUUACUUGGUAGAAAAUCAUCGUAUACAUCUCUCGACUUUCUGUUAGCAUAUUACUAUGACGAUAUCUAGUCGCAUUGAACAUGAAAAUUGAUCAGGUGUGUUCUAUUAGAGUUUGGUUUUUUUGUUUGAAUAUAGGUUUCAAUAUAA